CUCCCGGUGCCGCCGGGGGCAUGGCGUGUUCCGGUGCUCGGUGUGCACCCUCGUCCCCUGAGCUGGUCACACACUGGCGCUCCGGUCACAGGCUGCCGCCGUGUGUAAAUAAAUGGACGUGGCGCUGCGUGUAGUUCUGUACAAGUGACUUCUUUUUGUCGUGUCAGUGUCAUCAGUAGUUGUUAAAACUCUCUUCUGCUCUGUGUAGGUUUGUGAGAAACCUUGGUUUCCAAAAUGAAUAAAGAUGCCCAGAUGAGAGCAACCAUUAACCAAAAGCUAAUAGAAACAGGAGAGCGAGAACGCCUUAAGGAGUUGCUGAGAGCCAAAUUAAUUGAAUGCGGCUGGAAGGAUCAGUUGAAGGCACAUUGCAAAGAUGUCAUUAAAGAAAAAGGAUUAGAGCAUGUUACUGUUGAUGAUUUGGUGGCAGAAAUCACUCCCAAAGGCAGAGCCUUGGUACCAGACAGUGUAAAGAAAGAGCUCUUGCAAAGAAUAAGAACCUUCCUUGCCCAGCAUGCCAGUCUUUAACUUUGUCAUUCAUAUGGGAUACAGUGUUUCUGUAUUAUCUCAAUCAUGUCAGGAUUUGAAUGCAGUUUACAUUAAGGACGGAAAAACAUUUUUUUUUUUUUUUGUAUGAUGAGUUGAAGUUUCUUUGCCCUGCAUUGAUUUCUUAAACUUGGUGUUAUUUUAAUAAAAAAAUUUGUGGACUUGUG